AAAAGCCAAAAAAAAAAGAUAUAUUUUUUCUGUUGAAUCAGAAAUGGUAUAUUCGUAAUUCGUACCAUUAGUGGAUGAGAUCGAAUUACAGUUCCAGUUACUAAUUUUUUCACACCGCCAACUCUGAUAGCACGCUGACAUGGCACAAGAAAGACGACGUGGCGAAAACUAAUUGGCUUCAGUUACGUAUCCUCCACAGUUGAAACUACCAAUCGCCACACGUUAACACACGGUGGGUUCUCUCCGCUUUUGCCUCUAUUAAAGGAGGUAACUUCCUCAUUAGAAAAAAUCAAUCAAAAGAAAACUAAUCUCGAAGAAAUGGCGAAUCGAUCCAGGGUUAUCACCAUUUCUCCUCUCGUUCUCAACCACGAUGACGAUCUCGAACUCGAUCUCGAUCUCUGGGAAGUUGUUAACCCCUCCGACGGCGAGUACUCCGACGAUUCCUUCUCCGUCGACAGUCUUUCCGACGACGACGUCAUAUCUCUCGACGACGACGCUUCCUUUGUCAUCUCUCCGCCGCCUCAGACUCUCCCUGUGACUGACGAUGAUGGCGAACUCCCCGCGGAUCUGGUUCUCGACGGUGACGAUGUCGUUAGCGAUCAAGUCGACGAUAAGCAUCUCCGAUGGGCUCAGCGGCGGAUGGUGCUGCUCCGCGGAGGCUCCACCUAUUCAUUCGGUAUUACGCUGGGAGAUUACGCUAAUCGCGGUGUCUGUUACGAUGACGGCGGCGGCGACAGCGAUCACGUUGCUGACGACGGCGAGUACUACGACGAUUCGUAUGAUCUCGACGAGGAGCUGGUGCCGCGUAGCGUGUGUAAGAAGCUGGGGAGGCAGAGGAUGAGGAAACUCGGGAAACGAGCGAUCGCGAAGGUCUUGACCUCGAAGACGUCUCCGUAUGGUUGCGUUCGCGGUAAGCAUGGUGGUCUCGGCCUCAAGUUCAAGUGCUGAUCGUUGAUUCCAAAGUUUCGUUUCUUCAAUAAUCAAGAACCUUAGUCAUAGUCAUGGAUGAUUUAGUACGUGUCCGCUUUAGAAUUUCAUCAGUUUCUUGGUUGGUUGAUGUGUAAAUGGUAGUUCAAUUGCUUUGUCAUUUGAUUUUAAGUAAAAUCUGAUUCCUCUGAAACUUUCAUUGUACAUGGAUCACAUCUUUUAUCAGAGGUCAUCAGGUUAUGGA